UACAACAUGUCGGCUAAGAAGGAUACUCAAAGUGCCAGGGAGCAGAAAAAACAGAAGGCCAUUCCAUUGGAGAGCUUUCUGAAGUAUGCCAAUGCAUUCUACUUAUCAAUUGGAAUGCAGGCCUACGAUCACAAGUAUAGUCAAAAGUGGAAGGAUGUCCUGCUCCACUGGACUUUCAUUGCCCAGAUGGUCAACCUGAAUGCAGUGCUCUUUUCGGAAGUGAUAUACGUUUUCCUGGCUAUCGGCAAGGGUAGCAAUUUUCUGGAGGCCACCAUGAAUCUGUCGUUCAUUGGAUUUGUCAUCGUGGGGGACCUUAAAAUCUGGUACAUUUCGCGACAAAAAAAGAGACUCACCAAAGUCGUCAGCCGCUUGGGAGAACUGCAUCCGAAACGCUUGGAUCAACAAGAGCCCUAUGACAUGGAGGUUCAUCUGAGUGGCUAUAGCCGAUAUAGCAAAUUUUACUUCGGAAUGCAUCUGGUGCUGAUCUGGACGUACAACCUCUACUGGGCGGUGUACUAUCUGGUCUGUGAUUUCUGGCUGGGAAUACGUCAAUUCGAGAGGAUGCUGCCCUACUACUGCUGGGUUCCCUGGGAUUGGAGUACUGGAUUUAGCUACUAUUUCAUGUACAUCUCGCAGAAUAUCGGUGGUCAGGCUUGUCUGUCCGGUCAGCUAGCAGCGGACAUGUUGAUGUGCGCCCUGGUCACUCUGGUGGUGAUGCACUUCAUCCGACUUUCCGCUCACAUCGAGUGUCAUGUUGCGGGCAUUGCCCCAUACCAGCGGGACUUGGAGUUCCUCCAGUCGACGGUGGCCUAUCACCAGAGGUUGAUCCAGCUCUGCCAGGACAUCAAUGACAUCUUCGGCGUAUCGCUGCUGUCCAACUUCGUGUCCUCGUCCUUUAUCAUCUGCUUUGUGGGCUUCCAGAUGACCAUCGGCAGCAAGAUCGACAACCUGGUAAUGCUCGUCCUCUUCCUAUUUUGUGCAAUGGUUCAGGUCUUCAUGAUUGCCACCCAUGCUCAAAGGCUCGUGGAUGCGAGUGAGCAGAUUGGGCAGGCGGUCUACAACCACGAUUGGUUCCAGGCUGAUCUGCGGUAUCGUAAAAUGCUGAUCCUGAUUGUUAAGAGGGCGCAGCAGCCGAGUCGCCUUAAGGCCACAAGGUUCCUGAACGUCUCACUGGUCACCGUAACGGAUCUUUUGCAGCUCUCGUACAAAUUCUUUGCCCUCUUGCGCACAAUGUACGUGAAUUAG